AUGGAUUGGUGGGGUCUCGGACCGGGGCGCAUGCGCACUGUGUAGUAAGCGGCCCCGCCGGUCACCCCGCGCUGUUCCGCCACCCCCAGCCAUGGCGGACGAGGAGCUGGAGGCGCUCCGCAAGCAGCGGCUGACUGAGCUGCAGGCUAAGCAUGGGGACCCUUCUGGUGAUCCAACGCAACAAGAAACCAAACAGAGGGAGGCAGAGAUGAGAAAUAGCAUUUUAGCUCAAGUGCUCGAUCAAGCAGCUCGUGCCAGAUUAAGCAAUUUAGCACUUGUGAAGCCAGAAAAGGCAAAAGCUGUAGAAAAUUACCUUAUACAGAUGGCAAGAUUUGGACAGCUAGGUGGGAAGGUAUCAGAACAAGGGUUGAUAGAAAUACUUGAAAAAGUGAGCCAGCAAACAGAAAAGAAAACAACAGUAAAGUUCAACAGAAGAAAAGUACUGGAUUCUGAUGAAGAGGAUGAUGAUGAUUAAAUGCUACUUGUAAGAUUGCUUCACGGCCUGGAAAAAGGCAAAGAAAACAUAUGGUAUAGGCAAAUUGAAAGUUCUGACAAAACAUUUAUGUGUAUUUGCUUUCUGCAUUCUGUUUUUGAUAAAGGUCAAUAAAUAAACGAACUCAUGUUCUGUAAAACAAAAUUUGAGAAGGGUUUUUAUAGCUUAACUUUUUGUAGUAGUAGAGGCUUGCGUGGUAUGGAUUUUCUCACCACUUUCUUAGCAUGAACUUUCCUUUGUCCCACUCAGCCUGUAAGCUAUGCUAUCAUCACCUGCCACUCCAUAAAUUAUUGCUACCAUAAGAGAGGUCUUGGGAGGGCAGUAAAAGUGUCUUACGUUGCAAACAGCGGUGGGAACUGCAAGAAUGUCAACUCUCUCAAUGUCACAACAGUUGAUAUCCUCUAGUUAUCCAAUACCUCACUGGUUCUCAAACUGGUGGAACCUUUUGUUGGAGUCUGCAGAAUAGAACAGCUGAUGAACCAGUUGGUGAGAAGAGAGGUGGUUCUUUGAGAGGACAUCUUACCAUGUAGUCUGCUGGAUUAAAUUGUACAUAGCAUGUAGUUUGAUUGAACCAGUUCCUUCUGGAAACUGUCAAGUUGUCUCUCACUGGUGAGAUGUCUCUGCAGAAUGAGGUUAAAAAGUUGAGUAGAGUGGAUAUUCAGUUGUGGUUAAAACUUAAUUGGAUAACUAAUGUAAUAAACUGUAUUCAGGUAGUUGGUAACACAUGUUCUUCAUUCUCCCAUUUAUUAAAUGGUUGGAGUUUAUUUUUGUCAAAAAAGGAAAGGCAACUGCUCUAAAUUCCAUGUGACUUGCAUGCAUAAAGUAAAACAGACCCUGUGUUGUCAUCUUAUUUGAAUAUAGUUUGAAAAUUUGUGGUACAAAUACUGUUACAUCUUGUGUGAUAAGAUGGAAGUGAAAAGGGGAGAGAGAUUUCACUACCAGAGAAGAACUGUUUUCUGCUGUCAUUUAAGAGCAACAGUGUACACCAUUCCAGCUGUAAUGGUUUGGAACUGAUUAAAAUUUUGUUUAAAAAAGUA